ACGUCAAUUCCAAAACAUGGCUCAGUCCUGCUGUAUGGGGCUUGCUUUCUUAGCAGUCUUCACGUUUACAGAAAGUUGAUCAUGUUCACAAAGCAUAAAGGACAGCUUGGAGUUUCACUGUUUCAGUGCUUGAUUGUGUCACUGAUUCUGGUAUCCCAGUUACAAGCUGAAGUGAUAACACAGGGGAACAUAACAGCAAUCCUGGACCAACCUCUUACCAUCAGAUGUAAUGUGACCAUAGGAACUGGAACUGUAGUAAAACAGGUCAGAUGGCAGAAGAACCCAGACGAGAUCAUUGCUUCAAACAACCAGAAUGACAAUGCAGUGGUCAGUGAAGAAUAUCGUGGCAGAUUAAAUAUAUCCCUCUACAAGCCAGAAUCAAGUUCCAUUACUUUCAGCCAUAUCACAGUUACUGAUGAGGGAUGCUACACGUGCUUAUUUGAUACCUACCCAGAAGGGGAGCAUCGUGAGAAGACAUGCAUCAGUAUAACUGAUCAGGUUAAGACUGGAGGAAAUGUGACAGCAGGUGUGGGCCAGCCUGUUACCUUGAAGUGUUAUUAUGGGAUACCCAAGAGUGUUCACCAAGUCAGGUGGAAAAUUUUGCAAAACAACAAACUUGAGGACCUGGCUUCAUACAAUAUAAGAUUUGGAGAGAAUAUCAAUGAUAAAUUUAAAGAUCAAUUCAGUAUUAAUCCUGGACUAAGCAACACUGCUAUUUCUAUAAAAACAGUAACAGUACGUGAUGAAGCAUGUUACCUCUGCGAAUUUGAUAUCUUUCCUCAUGGAGCGAAGAAUGGGAGUACAUGCUUGACUGUAUAUGUUUUGCCUGAACCAAAACUACACGUUAAACGUUUACAAGAUGGAAUCCAAGCCAACUGCACAGCCUCUGCUAAACCAGCACCAGAGAUUACAUGGAAUAUUGCAGGAAGAAAUAACACAGAAAAUGUCACCACUACCAGUGAAAUGCUUCCAUUGCAUGGGAUCACAUUAGUGGUUAGCAGCUUGUUUGUGCAGACCAGCGUUUCUGAAGAUGAUAUAAUUUGCGUGGUCCGACAUCCAGGUCUGGAGAGUCCAAUCACAGUGUCUAUGAGAGAUCAAGGACCAAGUGGCAGGAAUAUUCUCAUAGCUGUGAUGGUUUGCACAGCAUUACUCGUCUUCUGUUUAUUUGUAUGUUUGUGGAGAUGUCUGGUACAUAAGGACUGAUGACUGAUGGAUGAUUACUGAAGGCAGCUACAGAAGGAAAUACACUAUCGCCAGCACACUGUAUAGAAAGAAAAAAUGAUGUCACCCAUGUCACAUAUUUCUGGAUAAUUCCAGUUGGUCAUAUUCAGUUCAUUCAGUCCCAGAUAUGACCUCCUAAAACGAAAAUAUCUCUUCAUAUAUCACUUUGUUUGUAAAAUUCUGCUUAAAUAUAGUCUAAAUACAAUACUAGAAAUAAGCCACGUGGUGCCCAGUGUGUUAUUUUAGGGUUAGAAAUUACAGUAACACGAAGUAUAAUAUUCAAGCAUUUUUAACCCAACCAGUUUAAGGUUUCCAGUAAUUCACAUCUUCGCUGCAUACAUUUCCAGUUCCAAUUACUGAUUGUUCUAAGACCACAAGUAUUUAUUCUAGAUCCUUCACAACAGUAACAUUAAGGAAGGUUUCUUUAGUUUCUCACUAUAUACUUAAAUACAGUCUUACACAAGCUUGGUUCUUCUGGUUUGUUGUUUGUCUUUUAUUCAGAGGUUCUUGGAAUCCAUUGUAAUAAACCCAUGGUAACAUGUUAUCAACAUUAUGCAAGAAAACAAACAAAUCCAAUAAUGUAUAAUGAUCUUGUAAGGCAACACAGAAAAUAGCAUGUUAUAUCUGAAGUUGGUGGGUCAGGUUUUUUUUUUUUUUUUU